AUGCAGGCCUCCCAGGCCUCAGUAGUAGAAGGAAGGCUGCUGCGCGGUGGUGUGGCGAUGAGAGUACAGCCACCAUCGCAUCGUGGCUCCCAAGGUCCCUAUCCCAGUGACCCUCCGGGACCUUCCGCCCAGCAGCAAGCCUCACACCGGGCCUCACAGAUAGACAGCAGGCUGCUGCGGGGUGGUGCGACAAUGGGAAUGCAGCCGCCACCUCAUCAUGCCAUGAUAAGUGGUUCCCAAGUUCCCUGUCCCAGUGACCCUCCAGGGAGUUCAGCCCAGCAGCAGGCCUCCCAGGCCUACCGGGCCUCACAGGUAGACGGCAGGCUGCUGCGGGGUGGUGCGACAAUGAGAAUGCAGCCGCCACCCUGUUCCCAGGGGCCCUGUCCUCCCGGUGACCCUCCAGGGAGUUCAGCUCAAAGGCAGGCCUACCGGGCCUCACAGUUGAACGGCAGGCUGCCUCCGGGUGGUGACACGAUGCCAAAGCAGCCACCAACUCAUCAUCAUUCCCAAGGACACUCAGGUCCCAGCGACCCUCCGGGGAGUUCAGCUAAACCACAGGCCAACAGGGCCUCACAGGUAGAAGCCAGGCUGCUACGGGGUGGUGCGACAGUCUUUGGGACGUCUCAGAAGUCAGUAGUAGAAGGGAGGGUGGCGCCGGGUGGUGCGACGAUCAUGCCGCAGCCGCCGCAGCUCCAGCCGUCGCCAACAGUUGCACGGCCUCCCCGGCCACGUGCCGCCACUAGUCGCCUGGUUAACCGUUGGGACUUGCAUGAUAAUGACGGCCGUCCACUUGCCUAUGCAGACGCCUGUCGUUCGGGAGCAGACCAACAAGUAACUGUCGAAAGACAAGUAGACCGGCAAAUACUUGCCGAUCGCCUGCCGGGCUUUACGGGAAGAACAACUGCGGCACUACCAUCUACUACGGGCCAAUCGUUUGACAUCAUCAGGCUCGUCGAGAAUUUGCUUCGAUCCCGGGCUGGUUCGGGUUCCGAACCGCGCUGUCCCGAGGCUAUGCCAGCUGCAGCAGCAAGGACUUCAGUCCGUGCUACAGGUGCUGCAGGAGACGGCAAUCAGGAGGUUGUAGCAGCGGGAUCUCUUGAGUCCCGUGCUACAGCCGGCUGGUCCCGUGCUGCUGUAGAUGCUGCAGGAUAUGGCAGCAAGCAGGCAGUUGUAGCAGCAGGAUCUCUUGAGUCCCCUGCUACAGCUGGCUUGUCCCGUGCUGCUACGGAAGAGACAGCUACAGCAGCAUCCCAUGCGAGAGUGGUGCUGGGAGGGCAGCAUAGGCCAGGGGAGUGGCUGCAUCGCCUUACAAGGGCCCAAGUUGGCACAAGAGGGCUUACGGUCGCUCAGUUCACUACUCUGUUUCUGCUGACCUUGUUCCAAAUUUCUCAUGCAGCAGCAGCAGGAGGAGAGGGUGAAGGAGAAGGAGCAGCAACAACAGAUAAAGGACGAGGAGGAGGAGGAGGAGGAGGAGGAGGAGGAGGAGGAGGAGGAGGAGGAGGAGGAGGAGGAGGAGGAGGAGGAGGAGGAGGAGGAGGAGGAGGGAGAGGGGGGGGGGGGGAGGAGGAGGAGAGAGGAGGAGGAGGAGGAGGAGGAGGAGGAGGAGGAGGAGGAGGAGGAGGAGGGGGGGGAGGAGGAGGAGGAGGAGGAGGAGGAGGAGGAGGAGGAGGAGGAGGAGGAGGAGGAGGGAGGAGGAGGAGGAGGAGAGGAGGAGGAGGAGGAGGAGGAGAGGAGGACGAAGAAGAUAAAGAAGCAGAUAAGGCACACCAGAAGCAAGGGAAGAAGCAGCAGCAGGAGCAGGAGCAGGAGCAGGAGCAGGAGCAGCAGCAUAUAAAGGAAUUGGAAGGCACAAAACAUUUUCAGCAGCAACAACAGGAGAACGAUAAGGAGGAGGAGCAGCAGGGGCAGAAGUUGCAGCAGCGGCAGAAGGAGAAGCAGGGGCAGAAGGUGCAGCAGCGGCAGAAGGAGCAGCAGGGGAAGAAGGAGCAGCAGGGAAAGGAACAGGGGAAGCAGACUCGCGAGAAGCAGGAUCAGCAAAAGCAGGCUCGGGAGAAGCAGGUUCAGGAGAAGCAAGUUCAGGAGAAGCAGACUCGGGAGGAGCAGUGGAAGCAGCAGUGCGACACGGUGACAGUGGCGAUAUUCGGCAUGAUCAAGAACGUCGCAGUGGCUGCUGCCAGUCUGCUGCCUCCCCACCAGCAGCACACCGCACUCCUUCCCCUGCUCCCUCUGCUGCCCAACCUGCACGUUGUGUCGACUCUGCCGAGGCAAGAUCUGCCGAGCCAGAUUCUGCCGAACCAAGCUUCGCCAAACCUGGCUCUGGGGAGCUGCCAGCACAACGAGCAGCACUUUCGCUUCCGCCCACUCAAGUCCCUGGCCUCGCUGCGAACCCACCACCUCCGCGUGCAUCGCAACAAGCCCUUCACCUGCUCCCGCUGCCAGGUCAAGUCCUUCGCCCUUCAGUCGGACCUGCGAACACACGAGAAGCGGUGCGGUGUAAAGCGGUGGCACUGCUCCUGCGGGAAUUCCUUCAGCAGAAAGGACAAACUAUCCAAACACCUCGACAUUUUCACGGAACACUCGCCUCUCUUCAACCUCCAGCCAGUUCCCGUUCCCAUUCAGCCAAAGCAGAAGGUGCAGCAGAGGAGACAGACGCUGCAGGCCCAGAUGCAGCAGGUAGCAGCAUCAAAUCAGUUUGAGACGCAGCAGGCAGCGGCGUAUAAUCAGUUUGAGACGCAGCAGGUAGCAGCGUCAAAUCAGCUUCAGAUGCAGACAAAUCAGUUACAGGCGGAUAUGAAGCUUCUAGAGGAGCAAACGAAUCAGCUAGAGGAGCAGACGAAUCAGCUGGAGGCGCGAAUGAAGCUGCUAGAGGCCCCUCAAAGCGUCAGCCGUAUGAACGUGGCUGUCAUGGAUCACUCUUCUGCCAGUCACCUUGGGAUUCUUGAGUCGACUCAACAAAAUUCUCUUGCCAGUCACCUUGCUCACCACUCUCCUGCCAGUCACCUGGGAAUUCUUGAGUCACCUCAACAGCGUUUUCCUGCCAGUCACCUGGCGCGCUCUGCUAGCUGUGCUUCUGAGAGGAACCAUCCUUGGGGGGAGGAUGGCUUGGCGAGAAGUGUGCUAGAGAGGAAUGAGUUGGAGAGGAAUGAGUUGGAGGCAAUUGGUUCAGACGGGAAGGAGAGCAGGAGUAGGAAUGGGUCGCUGCUGCAGGGGGCUCUUCAGGCAAACCAAGAGCGCCCCUCCUCACCCUUGCUUCAGCCGCACCCCUCCCCACCCUCGCUGCAUCAACACCCCUCCCUCCCGUUGCCGCAGCAACACCCCUCUCUCCCUUUGCAGCAGCAGCAGUCGUCCCUACCCCCGCAGGCAGCACAGGUGCCACAUCUGUCUCUGCCAGCCCAGGAAAUCAGUGCAGUCGAUGCAGUCAAGGCAGUCAACGCGACCUAUGCAGGCCUCUCCACCUGUGCAGCCCCUGCUGCCAGAACGGUCAUUACAGUCCAUGCAGUCAACGCAGUCAACACAGUCAACACGGCCAGUACGGUCAAUGCAGUCGACACGCAGUCAACAUCGCGACGCUGA